GUUCUCGCAACAUUACUGUGACGUUGUUGCAACGUGAUAUCGUGCUGUGGCUGUGGACUGUUUGAUCACCACUUCCGUUUUCCCUCACUAGUCCACAUUUGCGUUUACCUUGAACGAUAGAAAGACAUUGUAGAAAGGUUUUUGUUGGUUUAAACUAAACGUUGAGGAGGUCGACUGUUUGAGGAAUUUUAUGGAGCAUAAUAAUGGAGAUACUUCUAGCUGGGCGAUGCAGCGACGUAUGGAAGGUUUGGUCAACAAACAUAUGGCAGACAUAGCUCUAGAAACACUCCAGCAGAGACUUUCAGCUGUGUCCGACGAAAUGAACAAUCUUGCAGAACAUGUCUCGAGACGCUCGGAGGAUAUUCCCAAAGAUGAUAUUUCAAGACGACCUGAUGUCAACUUUGACGUUGAGUCCCUGAGUCCGACGUUUAGCACGGGUGGUGUUGGGGAAAAGUUGUUGAUGCCAGGUACCUCGUCAUCAGCAGAGACGGCUGCCCAGCGUAAGAUAAUCUCCUUGCUGGUGGAGAUCAAGGAGGAGCAGCAGAGACAGUGGGCAGUGUUGAGGGAGCUGCAGGCCAGGGUUCAGGGCCAGAGCUUUACGGAGGUAGAAGAGGAGGUGGAGGCUCUAGACAUCGACAUCCCGCUGAGGACCAUGGAGCAGCUAGAUGACACAGAGAGACACCUGGAGGAUGCCGGAGCACAGAAGAGAAUGGUGUCUCACCUGUCACGGAUGGGCGGGGCCACAGUGGAUGAUGCAGUGCGAAGGCUCAUGCAGACUGUGCUAUCUUUCGCUGUGGGCUCUGAGCUCAACUGGGUGGGCCGCGGCCAGAAAAGGAGCUUCAGAAACACCCGCCUCCAAGGGGUUCUCUUCCGUGCUCUGAAAAGAACCCCUGUGGGCAAAGAGGCCACACAUCAUCAGUUUGCAGACGUGGUGAAGAAAUGGCUGCGGUACACCCCAUUCAGACAGGGAGGGAGUGGUCGACGGCUUUACAAACCACCUGUCGAGUUCCUGUGUCCAAAUGAAUGUGUAGGUCUGCCUACACAUCUGCCUACACAUCCACAGUAACGCUCAACCAGCUUACCGUAAAACUUCAAUUACAUAGCCCGGGCAUUUAUUUGCUUAAAUCACUGAACACAACAGGUGCUUAUUAGAGACAGGCAUUUAUUUCCUUAAUGCAUAGAGUUUUUUUUUUUUUUUUUACCUUUUAUUUAACUACGCAAAUCAUAUUUACAAUGACGGCCUACCCCGGCCAAACCCGGACGACGCUGGGCCAAUUGUGCUCCGCCCUAUCACAUCACGACCGGAUGUGAUACAGCCUGGAAUUGAACCAGGGACUGUAGUGAUGAGAUGCAGUGCCUUAGACCGCUGCGACUCAAAAUGUUUCAAUUGUAACAAAUAAAUGCAAUCAGUGUGGGUUAUUUUAACCACAACAUUUUUAAAAAUUGUUCAGGCAUUUGUAGGAUUUUUCUGACAUGCAUUCCCAACUAGCAGUUUCUUAUUUACAUAGUUAAUUGUUUAAUUUCAGCAUUCAUUUCCAUCAUUUGAAUAAAUUUCAGCAUUUCCUGCACUGUUAUCAUUUGCACACGUUUUUUUGGGCCUUAUUAUACCUCUAUUCCUUGACAGAAUACAGUUGUGGCCAAAAGUUAAGAAUGACACAAAUAUUCAUUUCCACAAAGUUUGCUGCUUCAGUGUCUAAGUAUUUUUGUCAGACGUUACUAUGGAAUAAUGAAGUAUAAUUACAAGCAUUUCAUAAGUGUCAAAGGCUUUUAUUAACAAUUACAUGAAGUUGAUGCAAAGAGUCAAUAUUUGCAUUGUUGACCCUUCUUUUUCAAGACCUCUGCAAUUCGCCCUGGCAUGCUGUCAAUUAACUUCUGGGCCACAUCCUGACUGAUGGCAGCCCAUUUUUGCAUAAUCAAUGCUUGGAGUUUGUCAGAAUUUGUGUGCUUUUGUUUGUCUACCUGCCUCUUGAGGAUUGACCAUAAGUUCUCAAUGGGAUUAAGGUUUGUUUCCUGGCCAUGGACCCAAAAUAUCGAUGUUUUGUUCCCCGAGCCACUUAGUUAUCACUUUUUCCUUAUGGCAAGGUGCUCCAUCAUGCUGGAAAAGGCAUUGUUCAUCACCAAACUGUUCCUGGAUGGUUGGGAGAAGUUGUUCUCUGAGGAUGUGUUGGUACCAUUCUUUAUUCAUGGAUGUGUCCGUAGGCAUAAUUGUGAGUGAGCCCACUCCCUUGGCUGAGAAGCAACCCCACACAUGAAUGGUCCCAGGAUGCUUUACUGUUGGCAUGACACAGGACUGAUGGUAGCGCUCACCUUGUCUUCUCCGGACAAGCUUUUUUUCCAGAUGCCCCAAACAAUCGGAAAGGGGAUACAUCAGAGAGAAUGACUUUAGCCCAGUCCUCAGCAGUCCAAUCCCUGUACCUUUUGCAGAAUAUCAGUCUGUCCCUGAUGUUUUUCCUGGACAGAAGUGGCUUCUUUGCUGCCCUUCUGGACACCAGGCAAUCCUCCAAAAGUCUUCACCUCACUGUGCGUGCAGAUGCACUCAUACCUGCCUGCUGCUGAUACUGGUGGUACCCCGAUCCAGCAGCUGAAUCAACUUUAGGAGACGGCCCUGGUGCUCGCUGGACUUUCUUGGGCACCCUGAAGCCUUCUUCACAACAAUUGAACCGCUCUCCUUGAAGUUCUUGAUGAUCCGAUAAAUGGUUGAUUUAGGUGCAAUCUUACUGGCAGCAAUAUCCUUGCCUGUGAAUCCCUUUUUGUGCAAAGCAAUGAUGACAGCACGUGUUUCCUUGCAGGUAACUCGCGGUUGACAGAGGAAAAACAAUGAUUCCAAGCACCACCCUCCUUUUGAAGCUUCCAGUCUGUUUUUCUAACUCAAUCAGCAUGACAGAGUGAUCUCCUGCCUUGUCCUCAUCAAGACUCAUACCUGUGUUAAUGAAAGAAUCACUGACAUGAUGUCAGCGGGUCCUUUUGUGGCAGGGCUGAAAUGUAAUGAAUUUGUUUAUGGGGAUUCAGUUCAUUGCAUGGCAAAGAGGGACUUUGCAGUUAAUUUAAAUUCAUCUGAUCACUCUUCAUAACAUUCUGAAGUAUAUGCAAGUUGCCAUCAUACAAACUGAGGCAGCAGACUUUGUGAAAAUGUCAUAUUUGUGUCAUUCUCAGCUUUUGGCCACGACUAAUUGUUCUCUGAUGGCAUAUUCAGUUCUUACGUUCGCCACUAGAGGGCAAUCAACAUUUCUGGAGGUCUACUCCUGAAGUUGAUGUUGACUGUUUUUGUGCUUGCCAGUUAGCUAGCAGCUGUUUCUUACCAGCGAUUAAAAAUGUAUGAUUACCAUUUUUAAAAGUCAUUAAAGAAUGAUGUAAUGUAACAAAUCCAACAAAUCCUCAAAUAUUUAUGGUAACCUCCAUAAACAAUUACAUUUAUACCCAGUGUUUAUUUUAAACAGGUGUUUAUUUGCUGAAAUAUGUCUUUGCCCUGCUAUUUAAAGGGACAGGUGGCUAUUUGAGACUCAGCUUUUAAUUGAAGAUUUACGGUAUUUAAAUAUAUUCCAGUGUUUUAAAAUUGAUGUAUUUUCUCUACAUUUGUUACAUUCCGUAAAAUAAGACAUAAAUGAUACAUGCAGUUUGGGCCCAUAUUACUUCAUACAGGGCCGAACCUGUGAUCUACGUAACUUGGACCCCUGCAUGAAUCAUGCAUUGAUAUAAAUUGAGAAUUUCUACUCAAAGUCCAGUUUCUCACACAGUUCUCAAGAUUCUGCCCACACUGCACAGUCUCCAAUAGACACACCCCAUGAAGCUCCUCACCAUCACAGAUCUGUCUGGUAUGGUGUGCUAUCCCUGUUAAUACCUGUGUAAUUAAUUCAAACCAAAUAUGCUGCAAAACCUGUUGAUAAAAGUUGUAUUGCAUUUAAUGCUUUGAAGGUACUGAUUAGUAAGCUUUCCUGCAGAUUUCGUCUAAUUCUUGUAAUGAGAGUAUUGGCAAAUAUAUAGUUAAAUUGGCCUGCAUGGCUCAUAAUAUGCCAUGGACAUUACAGUUUGAAGUAGGCAUGUGUUUUCAUCCUCAUGAAAACCCAGGCUUCCAGGUUAUUCAAAUCACCACCUCUCUGCACAUUGUCACUCAGUGUUAUGAUUGAAUAUCAGACCCGAAAGCAAUUUACUAUAUGUUAGUCAUAUAAAUGUCCAUAUAAGCUUUCUUGUAACAGACAUAAUACAUUGUAAAUGUCCAUAAAUACAUUUUUGAAAAUACAUAUUUCUCAUUCA